CAAAUCGACUAGGGUUAGUUCUUCUUCUUGUUGAGCGCCGCAUAUAAGCUUUCUCCAUCUCUGUCACCACCGGCUCUGUAUUUCGGCGUUCGUGGAGAGACGAAGGAACAUAUAAGAGACACAAAAUGUCGGAGAAGAAGGGAAGGAAAGAAGAGGUGGUGACCAGAGAGUACACCAUCAAUCUCCACAGACGUCUUCAUAGCUGUACCUUUAAGAAGAAGGCUCCAAAUGCGAUCAAGGAGAUAAGGAAGUUUGCUGAGAAGGCAAUGGGGACAAAGGAUGUGAGAGUGGAUGUCAAACUGAACAAGCAGAUUUGGAGCAAAGGUAUCAGAGGUCCUCCUAGGAGAAUCAGAGUCCGAGUUGCGCGUAAGAGAAACGAUGACGAAGAUGCAAAGGAAGAGUUCUUCUCUCUUGUCACUGUUGCCGAAAUCCCUGCUGAAGGACUCUCUGGCCUUGGCACUAAGGUCAUUGAAGAAGAGGAUUGAACUAUCUAUCUUGUAUUAACAACAUCUUAUCAGAUUUCUGAGUUUUGUUUUUUUUUAAAUCACUUAUUGGAGAGACCGUUUAUCUUAUUGAAUCCUUGAUCCAUGAAAUGCCAUUGAGACAGAAUCUCAGUCUUGGGUCGUAACUA